CGCAGGGUGCUGUUACGAACAGCCGCGAAACCAGCCGGCCACCAACCGGAAGCUGCCCGCGCUGGUCUGGCCCGUUCGAAGCAACUGUCGUGGUGCCCGAAUGCACGCAUUGGCAGGCAGGCAUUGUUUCAGUGGCAACUAUUGAUUGUUUUCCCGAGCGAAGCUACACCAGAAGACGCACCGGAACCGUUACGUUAGGGUUCCGCCGUGCCCCGCCGGGUGCCAGCACGGUACGGCAGGGGCGAACUGCUAGCAAGAUUCAAAUACUUGCCCGGAAGACAGUCGAAACCGUCGAUUGUUGACCGUAGGUGAGGGAAAAUUGCCCGACGGCAAGCGCUGUUGCCCUAGAUCUGUGCACCAUUUCGCGAACAACUCGUUCGAUGCAUCCCUAACCCAGACAUCAGAUUCGAGCCGCGGGGCUGCUGUCUGGUGUGUUCUCAUUCCACUCUGUUCGUUCGUGUGCGCCGACUGCUCUCCACAGCUCCACAGCUCCACACAACAGUACCAGUGCCGAGAUCGAGAUGUCUGCCGAAGUUGCCGCUGAAACCGGUGCCGCCGCCGCUGCUGCUGCUACUGCCCCGCCGCCCGCCUCCAAGGCGAAGAAGCCGAGGACCCCCAAGGGAGAGGGCAAACCGAAGGCCCAUCCGCCGGUGAACGAGAUGGUAGUUGCUGCUAUCCGAACCCUGAAGGAGCGCAACGGGUCCUCCCUGCAGGCCAUCAAGAAGUACAUUGCAGCCAACUACAAAUGCGAUGUCACCAAGCUGGCCCGGUUCGUCAAGAAGGCCCUGAAGAACGGCGUCGAGAAGGGCACGUUGGUCCAAACCAAGGGUACCGGCGCGUCCGGAUCGUUCAAGCUGAAGGCCGAGGCGAGGAAAACCACCGGCGAGAAGAAGAAGAAGAAGCAACCGAAGACGGCCGCCGAUGGGAAGAAACGCGAAAAGGGCGCCAAACGGGAGCAGCAGCAGCAGCAAAAGCAGAAGAAGACGACGGCGGCGGCGGCAAAGAAACCGUCCGGCGAGGGGAAAGCCAAGAAGCCAGCCGCGGCGAAGAAAACCAUGACCGCCACCACCACCAAGAAGCAGAAGAACUCCGGUAGCGUGAAACAGGCCGCUGCCCCGAAGCAGAAGGCCACCAAACCUUCCAAGACCGCUGCGACGAAGCCAAAGGCCCCGAAACCGAAGAAGGCUGCCCCGGCGGCUAAGGCGGCCUCGCCCAGGAAGAAGACCGCUGCCAGGAAGUAAGCGCACCACCGAUCCCGAGUACCCGAUUUCAGACAAUCAGUCCUUUUCAGGACUACCGAAUCAGAUUUCACCCAAGAGUUACGAUACCCGGAGUGUUUCUCAUUCCCUCGUUUCCCCCCCUUUUCCACAAGAAACUUCUUGAGCGAAUUUUCUACGGUGACUGCCGGUUUCCUCGAAACUGCCGCACUGCGAUCGGAGAAAAGACGGUUUCUAGAGCGAUUC